UCUAGAUAACACCAAAUGAUGAUACAAAAUAUAAAGAUAGUGUAGUCUCCUGUAAAUAUUCUCUAAUUUUAUUUCGCCUUAUUUUUUAUUUAAAGUUAGAUGCCUCCAACGUCCAAAAUUGACCCACUUUGCUGCAAUUCUCCAGUUAACACCUUUGCACUCCUUACAGCAAUUUAGGCCAUUGGAGGAAAGUUGCCUACAAUUUCAUUAAUUAAUUUUGUUGUUAACACAAAUUUCGAAAAAAAACCUCCUCAUUUCAAAUAUUUGAAAUGAAUUACAAUAAUUGAGCGAAUUGAACCAAUUUCCUUGAGUAAAUUUACAACGAAAAGUUGAAAUGGGUCGCGGAGAUAGGCAAACUUACAUAAUUUCCUUUCGUCUUUUUUGCCUACUUCCACUAAAAAUCUGGGAAGGAUGGCUGAUCCCGCACGUAGUUUACAGAUGAUUGCUUGGUGGCAAAGUAAGUCAUAGUAAAUUGAUUUAAGGGUACGUGAUCGAUUAGGGAAUAACGAAGAGAUGCAACACUGCAUUUCUGCAACAUUGUGGCAAAGGGCUGGCCUGAAACUCUUUCCAGGCUACUUUUACUUUUCCCACACCAAGGUGGUGGCGACGAAAUGUAGUUAGAUUCCUAUAAAUAUGCAAUCUAGAAAUAGAUCAGGCAUCAGUUUUGUUUCGAAGGUUUCAAGUGUCAGACAUCGCAUUUUUAUUCUUUUCGCUUGCCGAGAAAUACCAAAUAUCCUUUGUUCGAAGAAAUGGCAAAAUCCUUGAUUUUCAUAAUUUUGAUUGCCUACUUUGGCCACUCAAUUUUGGCUGAGACUGGAGUUGCAUCUCCCUUGAAAACCCUGGCAAAGACCACUUCCGAAUCCAGCAAAAAUGUGCCAAAACGUAGUCUAGAUGCCUUCUUAGGCGAUGCUGGUAUCAAUGGCUUGCCGGCUGCAGGUGGUGGUUGGUCUUCGGGAGGUUUUAAGUUGGCCGGUUUCUCUGGUGGUUGGAAUCCUUGGAAUUCUCACUCGUCCCGCUACAUCUCCUCACCAUCGCCCAGUGAGGUUGCCAAUGCCAUUGCUGCCGCCAAACAGGCUUCCAGCAAUGUUUUAAUUGCCCAACAACAAAUGCAGGCGGCCAAAGAGAAUGUCCUCAACCAACAACGUAUGGCCAUGGAAAAGGAGGCAGCUGCCGCUUUACUUACCCAAAAAUCCGAGGCAGCUGCUGCCAUACAACGCUCUGAGGCUGCUGCUGCAGCUCAGGCAGUGGUGCUGGCCCAACAACGUUUGGCUGCAACCAAAGCUGCCGUGGCCCAUCAGCAACGCAUUGCUGCUGCCCGUGAAGCUGAAGCUGCCGAAGCCUUGAAACGUUCAGCCCAUGCCGCAGCGGCUGAGAUACAAAAGACCGAAUAUGAAGCCUCAAAGUUGGGGCAGUUGGCACGCAACAACAACGCUGGGGCUGCUCAUCAUAUGACUUAUGCCAAAGAUGCGGCCUUUGGUCCCAUCAAUGCUGGCACAAAUCAUGUUCCCAAUUUGGAGUCGUUGGGUCCUUGGUCAGGUGCCGGCGGCGCUGCUGCCGGAGGAGGAAAGGCUGCCGGUCCAGCUGGUUGGUUGUAAACUUCCAAAUCAUUUUUGUUUUAAUUUUUUUGUGGCGCUGCUGAUGAUCAGUUGCUUUAGCUAUGUAAGCUAUAUUACUCCAUAUAUAUUUAGUUGAA